AUGAAUGGGACUGACUGUCAAGACUUCUUUCUGUCACAUAGGCAGACACAACUCGCUUCUCGCUCCAAAGCCGUACACGUACACGCACCGUGUGUCCAUGACGUGAGGAGAGGGAGAGGCGAUGUUAUCCUGCACUGCUGCUCCAUCUGUCUCCUCCUUCACAACAGUCUUCUUCUCGAGGCAUCCCAGGCCGUACGGGGACUGACAUCCCCUUCACCCCUACACACACCCACCCUGACGAGGAGGCAUCACCGCGGAGCAACCAUCAGUGGCGAGCCUCAGUCUGGGCCCGUGGGCAUGGUUUUGGAGGGGAGCUCAGAGGCGCUGUGUCCCCCACCAUCACUGGAGCUGCGUCCGUCCUGCAACAAGAGCCAGGCCUCACCUCCUCUGGGGUGCAGCUCCCAGCCCCACGACGCGGUCUUCUCUGAGGACAAGGAGCCCGUCAAGUACGGAGAGCUCAUCGUCUUAGGGCACAAUGGGUCUCUGUCCAACGGAGACAAGGGCCGCAGGAGAAGUCGCCUGGCCCUUUACAAGAGACCCAAGGCCAACGGAGUCAAGCCCGACGUCAUCCACAACGUCUCCACGCCGCUGGUGUCAAAGGCGCUCAGCAACAAAAGCCAGCACAGCAUCUCCUACACGUUGUCCCGCAGCCACUCUGUCAUCGUAGAGUACACUCACGACACCAACACGGACAUGUUUCAGAUUGGCCGGUCCACAGAGAGCAUGAUCGACUUUGUGGUGACGGACACGGCGGGCAGUGGGAGUGGCCAGGGCGGAGGGGGCGUGUCCUCGGUGGAAGGAGGCAACAGCGGCCAAUCGGCUCAGAGCACCAUCUCGCGGUACGCCUGCAGGAUCAUGUGCGAGCGCAGCGCCCCCUACACCGCGCGCAUCUACGCCGCCGGCUUCGACUCCUCCAAGAACAUCUUCCUCGGGGAGCGUGCAGCCAAGUGGAGGACCUCGGAUGGCCUGAUGGACGGCCUGACCACCAACGGGGUCCUGGUGAUGCACCCGGCCGGAGAGUUUGUGUCGGAGCCGUCCCCCGGAGUGUGGAGGGAGAUCUCUGUGUGUGGGAACGUCUUUGCCCUGAGGGAAACCCGCUCGGCCCAGCAGAGGGGCAAACUGGUGAGAAAAGUGGAGAAUGAGUCCAACACUCUGCAGGACGGCUCUCUGAUCGACCUGUGCGGGGCCACUCUGCUGUGGAGGACCCCCGCCGGCCUGCGCCACACUCCCACCCUCAAACAGCUGGAGUCCCUGCGGCAGGAGCUGAACGCCGCACGGCCGCAGUGUCCUGUGGGCUUCAACACUCUGGCCUUCCCCAGCCUGGCCCAGCGCGAGAUCGUGGACAAGAAGCAGCCCUGGGUCUACAUGAACUGUGGCCAUGUGCACGGCUACCACAACUGGGGCUACCGCAAGGAGAAGGGUCCGGCCGGCCCCGGAGGCACGGCUCCGGCCAGUACCAGCGACAGGGAGUGCCCCAUGUGCAGGAGGGUGGGCCCCUACGUGCCCCUGUGGCUGGGCUGUGAAGGAGGCCUGUACCUGGACGCGGGACCCCCCACUCACGCCUUCUGCCCCUGUGGCCAUGUGUGCUCUGAAAAGACUGUGAUGGGCUGGAGCCAGAUCCCCCUGCCCCAUGGCACCCACGCCUUCCACGCCGCCUGCCCCUUCUGUGGCACCUGGCUCACCGGCGAGCAGGGCCACGUUAAACUCAUCUUUCAGGGUCCCGUCGACUGA